CUUCGAUCGACAAUGCCAAGGGCACGGCCGGGCGGCAGGACGACGCUCCCGGCUGCCCGGGCCCACGGCCCCGGGCGGAGCGGGCCGAGCCUCCCCGCGGCGCAGGUUGCUGCGUGCGGGGGGUGGCGGCCCCUGCAGGCCGCGCCGGGGCGGACACCCGGAGCCUCGGCAGCCGGCGCCGCAGCCCGGCGGUGUCAGUGCCACGGUGUCCGCCGGGGAGCGAGAGGCAGAGUCGGCGGCCGCCCGCCCGCCCCAUCCAUCCCCGCGGCCAGGCCGCCGCAUGCAGCCCUCACCCUGGAGCGGCGGCGGCGGAUCGAGGAGCUCUCGCGGUCCUCCCGGCAGCGGCUGCUCCAGUCGCGGGACAGGAUGUUCUCCAAGUUCACCUCCAUCCUGCAGCACGCCGUGGAGGCGCUCGCACCUUCCCUUCCACUACAAGAAGAUUUCGUUUACCACUGGAAAGCAAUCACCCAUUACUACAUAGAGACAUCAGAUGACAAAGCUCCCGUGACUGAUACCAACAUUCCUUCUCACCUGGAACAGAUGUUGGAUAUUCUAGUUCAAGAAGAAAAUGAGAGAGAAUCAGGCGAAACAGGACCAUGUAUGGAAUAUUUGCUACAUCACAAGAUUUUGGAGACACUCUACACACUAGGAAAAGCUGAUUGUCCUCCAGGAAUGAAACAGCAAGUUUUGGCUUUUUAUACAAAACUUCUUGGAAGAAUACGGCAACCUCUUCUUCCCCACAUAAAUGUGCAUAGGCCAGUGCAGAAAUUAAUCAGGCUGUGUGGUGAAGUUCUGGCAACACCAACAGAAAAUGAAGAAAUUCAGUUUCUCUGCAUAGUAUGUGCAAAGCUGAAACAGGAUCCAUACCUGGUCAACUUCUUCCUUGAGGUCAUUCAGGAUCCUGUUUUGCGCGUUUACAAGAGGCAGAGUAAGUUAAAAGCAAUGGCUUCCAAGGGAUCAGCAGGUAUAAUCACAGAAGACAUGCUAAAAGGCCAAGACUCUUUGACAACAGACACAGGACAGCCCCUUCAGCCUGAAGAAAUACCUAGUGCCUCUGGAGCGGAGCAGAUGGAGAAGGAAGAUGACCUCCCUCAACAGGCGGACGAUCUCUCUUUCAGUCUGGAUGAACUAAAUGUCACAUCAUCACCCGAGUCCUCCACUGUUUGUCCAAAUCAAGACUAUAAUUUAGUGAAUUCUCUACUAAACCUCACCAAAAGUCCCGACGGCCGGAUAGCAGUGAAGGCCUGUGAAGGCCUCAUGCUUUUGGUGAGUUUGCCAGAACCAGCAGCUGCCAAGUGCCUGACUCAAAACACUUGUUUAUGUGAAUUGUUGACAGACAGGCUGGCCACCCUCUACAAAGCCCUGCCUCAGUCACUGGAUCCCUUAGACAUUGAAACAGUGGAGGCAAUUAACUGGGGUUUAGAUUCCUAUAGCCAUAAAGAAGAUGCAUCUGCUUUUCCAGGGAAAAGAGCGUUGAUUUCAUUUCUUUCAUGGUUUGACUACUGUGAUCAGCUCAUCAAAGAAGCACAAAAGACUGCUGCUGUUGCUAUGGCAAAAGCUGUGCGGGAACGAUUUUUCAUUGAUGUUAUGGAACCCCAGCUGAUGCAAACUUCAGAGAUCGGAAUCCUCACAUCAACGGCACUAUUGCAUCGCAUUGUUCGUCAAGUGACUUCAGAUGUCCUGCUGCAGGAAGUAGUUUAUUUUAUACUUGGAGAAAACAGAGAGCCAGAAACUUUGGCAGAUAUCAACAGACAUCCAUUGCGACACAGAUUAAUCGAACACUGUGAUCAUAUUUCUGAUGAGAUCAGCAUAAUGACUUUACGAAUGUUUGAGCACCUUUUGCAAAAACCCAAUGAACACAUCCUUUAUAAUUUGGUUCUGAGAAAUUUAGAAGAGAGAAACUAUAUGGAAUACAAGCCUCUCUGUCAAGAAGAUAAAGAUGUGGUAGAAAAUGGACAGAUUGCAGGAGCAGUAGACCUAGAGGAAGAUCCGUUAUUUACUGAUCUGUCUCCAGAUAACACGUUAUCAGCUCAAGAAUGGCUCAGUGCUUCUCCACCUGUCAGUCCAGAACAUCCAAAAAAUGAUGGGAAGACUGAAGUUCAUAAAAUUGUAAAUAGUUUUCUCUGUCUUGUACCUGAUGAAGCUAAGUCAUCAUACCAUGUGGAGGGUACAGGUUAUGAUACUUACCUCAGAGAUGCCCACAGACAAUUCCGGGAUUAUUGUGUCAUCUGCUUACGGUGGGAGUGGCCUGGAUCUCCCAGAUCUUUAGAAAAGUGCAAUUUUGAAGCAUCAUUUUUUGAAGGACACUUCUUAAAAGUCCUUUUUGAAAGAAUGGGCAGGAUUCUUGAUCAGCCCUAUGAUGUAAAUUUACAAGUUACGUCAGUGUUGUCCAAACUGUCCUUGUUUCCCCAUCCUCAUAUCCACGAAUACCUUUUGGAUCCUUAUGUAAACCUGGCUUCUGGCUGCAGGUCUCUCUUCUCUGUUAUUGUCAGGGUCGUUGGGGACCUCAUGGUUAGGAUCCAGCGCAUCCCAGAUUUCACUCCCAAACUUCUGCUGGUCAGAAAACGCCUGCUGGGCUUGGAGCCGGAAGGGCCCAUCAUUGACCACAUGACGUUACUAGAGGGCGUGAUUGUGCUGGAAGAGUUCUGCAAAGAGCUGGCAGCGAUUGCAUUUGUGAAGUAUCAUGCCUCAUCUACACCGUAAGCAGCCUUGCUGAGUAGCCAGGCUGGAAAACCACCUAGCCCGUCUCAGUCUAUUGACAGCACCCAGAUGAGAAGAGGUGGUGCCUCUUGGCAAGGUGUCGGUUGACAUUUGGCAGAACUGGAAGACAAGUUACUUUCACCAGAUGUUGACAUUGCAAGAGAGAGCGAUUCGAAUGGACCUAGGAUACGAUUGAAGGCAUUUUGGGAGAAACCAAUACAUAGCAUUUCUAGCCACUGUGUGAAGAGCUGCAAAAGCUGCAUGAAGAACCGCAGACAUCAGACCUUGGUUGUUCUGUUAUAAUGACUAUGUUUAGAGAGUUGGGUCUUUUGUAUGUUCUGGGGCUCACAUGCGCCAAUUUGCUUUUUGUGACCAUAUUACUUCUAAAAAGCAAAGUAAUUUUAUAACAUUUUUAUGUCUUAAUUCUUUUUCUUUUCAGUUGGAUAUAUGAAAGGAAAUCACAACUAUAGUUGAAAUGUAUAUUAUUAAAAAUGAAGAGGUUCAAAAAAUCCACCAAUGCAUAUAUAGUGGGAUAUAUUAAUGAGGAAUCAUUUUUGUUUUGGUGAAUCUUAAAGACAACUCUGAGCUUGAUUCCCCAAUGGAUUACUCCAGGAGAUAUAUCAGUAUAAAAUCAAUACUAAUGAAAUUAAUCCUCAUUCAGCAUCGCAUCCAUAACAAAUAUACCUGAAGUGUAUGUAUUCCUAGCAUGUUUGUAUCUGUCAUUCCAAGUGACUGCUCUUCAGGUCAUCUGUGUAACUAGAUUUACUUUAGGUUUUUGCUUGUCAACUCUAGUUGCUUGACUCACGUCACCUUUACAGGGAAGUUAAUUAUAGGUCAUUAGUAGUUGUUGCUGAAA